AUGUUCCCGACCCGACCGCGCCGCUACCGGUCGUCCACAUCGACUUCGGCGGCCCAGACGACCAAGGCCGCCGAGGUGCUCCAGGGCCUCCUCGAGCGUCUUGAUGCGACGAUACGAGCCGCCAAGGCUGGCACAUACCCCGACGUUGACAAGCUGCUGGGACAGGCGCGCCAGAUCCACCAGCAUGUCGCUGCUACCCAGCCGCCGUCCCCCCCGCAAGACGACUUCCGCCAUCUGCACGGCUUCCAGGGCCUCCUCAAUGUCCUCCGGUCGUUCUCUGGCUUCUACAACCCGCACAAGCGCACCGUGGCCGAGAGGCAAGGGCUCUUCGACCUGCUCCACAUAACACUGGCAAUCAUAUCGGCGGCGUUCCGAGGACAUCCGGGAAACAGGCGCUACUUCCAGGACAAAGUUGACGGCGGCGGGUGGGAGGCCUUGGAGCAGAUGAUAGGCAGCAUUGGUAUUGGCGGAGGUGAUUCGGACCUCUGGGCCAACUGCCAGCUGUUUGGAAAGCUGCUCUCCUUCUCUCUCGAUGACCAGCGCCUGGAUGAACUUUGCCGCUCAGUUGCCUCGUCCGCCGUCUUAGAUGCCAACGAGGGUAAGGCCGUUCCGACGUUCGACGCGAAAGACAUAGAGGCGCGGUUGGGAGCCAUCAUUGGACCGGCCACCAUUAUACAAAAUGCCGAGAUUAUUCGGACUAUUGUUUGCUUUUGGGAAUCGCUUCCGAGGACCGAGGGUGCUACGGUAAACCCCGCGUCGGUAAUAGUUUUGACAACACUUUCAUCUGUUGCGUCUACCUCGUUCUUCAACCUGACUGCUCUCCAUGGAGCCGGGAUUCUCUCCAGGUUCCUGCGCCUGCUCUUUUGCCCAGACUGCGUUCUUGGCGAGUUGGAGAAGGAAAAGACAUUGUCUCUAUGCAAUUCCCUAAUGCAUCUUGGCAUUGAUCAACUUGCAGAUGCCCAGUUUAUGCUAUCUUGCCAGGGCUCGACCGCUUCCGAGUUCUGUCUAGACAUGACGGAGAAGUACAACGGGCCUCCCUUCAUCCAGUUCGACCUCUCACUGCAUGGUCACGCAUCGGUAGAGCUCCCGAGCUUGGGUCGAAGUUUUCCGCCCCAGUCUUCUCCCGGGUAUACUUUUACUGCAUGGGUUCGCAUCGACAGAUUCGACCCCAAGUCGCAUACAACUUUGUUUGGAGUUUUUGACUCGUCUCAGACGUGCUUUCUUCUGGCAUAUCUCGAGAAGGAUACCAAAAACUUCAUCCUCCAGACCUCCGUCACAUCUGCACGUCCGAGUGUAAGAUUUAAAUCCGUGGCAUUCGAGGAGAAUAAGUGGUACCACAUUGCCAUAGUCCACCGCAGGCCCAAGACAAUGGUUGCUAGCAAAGCAAGCCUCUACGUCAACGGGGAGUUUGCAGAACAAAUACGAUUGUCGUACCCGAACACCCCUCCGCUCUCCAAUGCCAGCACGGAAAGCUUUGCUUCUUUUACCUCGAGCAAUAACAAGACGAACCCCGUCCAGGCGUUUCUGGGUACGCCUCGUGAUCUCUCGACCCAGCUGGGGCCUGGCUUGGUGUUUUCAAAGUGGUCCCUUGCCACUGCCCAUUUGUUUGAAGAUACCUUGAGUGAUGAUCUUCUGGCAGUACACUUCCGCCUUGGCCCGCGCUACCAGGGCAACUUUCAGGACUGCCUCGGCGGGUUCCAGACUUACGAAGCCUCUGCCGCUCUCGGACUCCGGAAUGAAGUCUUCCACCCUGGGAAAGACGAGAAUUCCGACAUUCUGAGAGCCAUUAGGGAUAAGGCGAGCACAAUUGUCCCUGAGUCUAAGGUCUUGAUAAGCACCUCGUCGCGGGCCGUGUUCCGCACAGAUGGCAAAUUUAUGGAUAGUCUCCUUUUCAGAUCGCUCUCCAAGAACUCGGCCAGCAGCCUGUUCCACACCACAACCAAGAACGGGACCGCUGUUGCGAUUAAUGGUGCUGUGCCGUGCAUCAAUGACGCACUGAUUAGACCCAAUGGUGUCUCGCUUCUCACCGGCGACCCCGUCCUCGCUAACCCUUACUGCUUUGAUGACAACCUAUGGCGGCUGGGUGGUUUUACACCUGUAGCUCUGAAACUGGUCGAGCGGUCGUCGACUUUUGAGGAGCUCCUGCGCUCGGUCGAAUUGAUGCUGCACUGCAUAGACAAUAGCUGGCGGAACAGCGAGGCCAUGGAAAAGGACAACGGCUAUGCCAUUUUGAGCAUGCUCUUGCGGGCAAAACUCGGCUAUGGCGUGUCGACUUCUGACAACCAGUCCUGGCGACUCACGCUGACAAACGACACGAGAGACAGGCUGAGCUUUCAGCUCCUCAGCCUGGUUCUUAGGUUUGUGGGCUACAAUCAUGCUGACCCUAUUGACUCGUUCAUCGUGAACCCGCUUGCCUACCGCAUUCUCUUGAUUGACCCCGACAUUUGGCGCAAAUCUGCCGCUCUUACACAAGAACUCUACUACAAACAAUUUGUGACGUUUGCCGUAAAGAGCAAGCAUCAUCAGUUCAACAGCCGACGGCUGCUCCGAAUGCGAAUCAUCAAGAGGCUCUUAGAUGCGCUAAAAGCGGAAACCCUCUCCGAAGAUAUCGUACCUCAUUUCAUGGCCUCCUUCGAGAGUCUCGUCAAGUGCAACUACAACGCAGAAGUUCACCGAUCACUAGCUUUAUUUAUCACUUACGCCUUCCACACACCUCCUGGCUCUUUGCCGCGAACCCCAAAGCCCUCCAACUCCGGCGGUCGAUCAACCACGUCUGGGCUGGGCAUUCUGCGGCGGUCUACUCUUGAGACUAACCCAGUCUCUGUAGCUAAUACCUCAAGGCUCCUCACCAAAAAGCAGCUAGGGGUCAAGAUCCUUGAGAUGUAUACGGGCCUCCUCUGCAAUAAGACAAACCUGGGUGAUAUUCGCAAGUUCGCCAAGACAGUCACUAAUAAGGUAAUGCCCGAAUGUAACACAGUGAAUAAAGAGCCCGAAGACGUACUGACUGUAUUCCAGUGGCUUCUAUAUUUGCUUGCAGAAGACGACCCGGAGAUUGUUGUAUAUGGUUGCAAGAUCCUCGCUCGCCUCCUGGUCACGCAGCCGCCGGGCUACACUGCCAAAUUUGCAGCCAAAACCGGAGGCUUCUGGAUUAUGGCUCACCGUCUCAAGCAGUGGUGGGAUAUACCAACCAUGUGGCCGAUAUUGUUUGGCAUACUCUUCGGAAAUGAUGUUGCCAAUAUCAACUUUGACAAAUCAUUUGACUUUUUCAGUCUGCUGGAGAUAUUUGGCCACAGCCGCGUGGUUUUCCCAGAAGUUCUACCUGUCAUUACCUCUAUGCUGCAGCAUGGCCUUAGGGACAUUUUAAAACACCAAGAUGACCCCGAUUCGCCAGCUGGUGACUCGGGGACGCUCAAAAGCCCGACCGAGACGCUAGAACCGCCGCAGACAAGACCGAGGGCCAAAUCUAUGGAACUAGGCAAGGCUUUAGAAUCACGAAGGACCCGAUUGCCCGACAAAGAGAGAGUCACGGCUCAUGGCGCGAUUCUCCAGACCGUUGUCCGUUUUCUUGCCGACAUCCAUAACCGGUCCGCCAGCUUUAGAGACUUUGCGCUGUCGUCGGACUAUGUGCGGCUCCUUCUCUCGGCUCUCUAUCCUAUUGUUGUCAGCGCAGAUCCCGUCACACCCGAGACUGAGCUCAAUUCUAAGGACUCUACUCUCACAUUCGAGGGAGGCGACGUGAUCAUCCGUCCAGUCCCUGGCUCUUUAUCCACAGCGACACCCAUAGUUAGAACAGCAAAUGCCGGCGCGGUCGAGCCUCCUCUACCGUCUCCUGGACUAGGUCGUGGGACACCUCUCCGUAGGCCGUCGUCGUUUAUCCUGGUCACAUCCCAACCCCCCGCUACACCCACGCCAACCCGCCUAAACCACGUCAUGUCGCCAAAGAAAAGGGUCAACACCCAGAAAAUCAGCAACGUCGUUUUAGAAGGGAUUUUAGAACUUAUCAUCAAUGUGUUUACCGACCAGAUUCUAGUCCGAAAGGAAUUCCCAGGAUUUGGGCUGUUUCUGAAGGUACCUCCGGGAUUUCAGGAGCAUCAAGCGUACUUCGGAACCUACAUUCUACGGAAUACCAUUGCCCACUUGGGCAGCGCAGUUCAGCUUGAUCUGAAGGCGCUCCAGGAGCCAAAAAUACUCCAGAACAUGGCCCGGCUGAAUCUCCACGUAGCCGAGGCGAUCUUUGAGGGAUGGUUUCUCAAUGGUGCCGAGCCAAUGCUCGACUUCACCGGUAUUCUGCUUGAGUACUUGCAACGAUCUGAAGUAUCGUCCAUCAAAAGCGUCCGGCUUUGCAGCUCCGCAGUGACGACCAUUCGGACGUCUUUCCUUAAGCUCACUCUGCUAAGGCUCUCGGAUAUGGACGACCCGCAAACUAAGGAUUCGGAGGCACAAUCAACGAUGGAGAAAUUGGAAUACUGGCAGACGGUACUUCUCAGCUGCCUUUCGCUUGAGGAUGAUUACAUGAAACUCCUCUGGUAUCAGCUCUACAAUAAACUCAUCGACUCGCGCGAAACCAUCCGGCUCGCUGCGGCGAGACUUUGGCGGAUAAUGCUGGUCCAAAAGCCCGAGGAGUCGUCGGCUCUGUUCCGACACACCAUGACACCCAAUCAGCAGUCACUAGCUAAAGGCUUCAGGAAACUCACGGAAUUAGACGAUACGGCGUUUAUAGAGUGGGUCGAUGAGUACCGUCCAUCCCUGGAUAUCCUCUUCGGAGGUAUGUCCAAGACUUGGGAAGAUUUUGUGGCUUCUGAGAACAACCGAACGGUAGAGACUGCGAAGUCGAGGCUGAAGAACCGCAGAGAUAAGCUCAAGCAAUGGCACACCGAAUCCCUGGAGCGAGAGAAUGUUCUGCUCCGCCAUGAGAUGGCGAACAGUGCAUGGAUGAAGAGCAUCUACUACGCAGAGCACUUCAAGCACCAAAGGCUUCUCCAGGACCAGCAAGAUGACAAUGCUUUCCUCACUUCGACGUUCGCAAAGAUGGACCGCGAUUUGCGUCGUCCGGGUGCCGUCUUCUUCGAGCCUCAAACCAUUAAAUGGAAGCUCGACCAGACCGAGGGUCGAAAUCGUAUGCGUCUCCGACUUCUUCCGGAAUAUCCUUCCCAGCAUCAGCAGGAGUAUCAACCAAAAAACAAACCCGGAGACAACGCCUCCACUCCUGCGUUGAAACUCAACACCCAUCUCUCACCGAGCCAGGGGAUAAACACAACCCCAACCGUGGGGAUGGCGCCCGACGAGUUUGGAGGUGAUGGGGCGAUCGAUGAUCCUGAUGCCUCUGCGGAACCCGGAUCAGUGUCUGAGAAAUCGGGCCAAUUGGGCGUGGCGCCAGAAGAUGAUUUUGAGCUUGUAGAAGAUCCAAAUGACCCCGAUGGAGACGAUGCGUUCGAAGACAAGAACAGGAAGGUCAUGAGGCGGCUGCAGCACGGCGACGCUGUCCAGAAUGUCUUCAAUGUGUCGCGAAUCAUUGGCCUUGACGCCUCGGAGGGCAUAUUGAUUAUUGGAAAAGAGGCUCUCUAUAUAAUGGAUAGUCUCUUCCAGAGUGCGGACGGUGAGAUUAUCAACGUCUGGCAGGCACCGCCGGAAGAGCGCGACCCAUUCUCAAUCAUCAUCACUGAUGCGAACCUCACCGACAAGCGCCCGAAUCAAACACGCACUGAUCAAGAGUCAAGAAGCUGGCGAUGGCAUGACGUUCUCAGUAUCUCGAAGCGCCGGUUCCUGUUUCGCGACGUGGCGAUUGAGAUAUUCUUCACGGAUGGUCGGAGCUACUUGCUGGCGGCCAUAAAUCCCGUCCUCAGAGACGAGAUAUACUCGAGGCUGACAAGCAAGACUCCGCACACCCAUGGAGCCAACCUACUUCCAAAUCCCGAAGACGCAUGGCGCCUCGAAAGCCUCAAGUUCAGCGAGGAAUUGCCCCAGACACUGGGCGCUAAGUUCGGAAGCAUAUUCAACUCGUCGGCGUGGAAUCCCAUGAUAAGACGCUGGCAAAGGGGCGAGAUCUCCAAUUUUCACUAUCUCAUGCUCGUGAACAAUAUGGCGGGCAGGACCUUCAACGAUCUCACUCAGUAUCCGGUUUUUCCAUGGGUACUGGCCGACUACACUAGCAAUGAGCUUGAUCUCAACAACCCUGCAACCUUCAGGGACCUGUCGAAACCGAUGGGCGCCCAGUCUACAGGCCGUGUAUCGGAAUUCAAAAUGAAGUAUAGCAGCUUGGCCGAGAUGGGCGAGAUUCCUUUCUAUUACGGGACUCAUUACUCGUCUGCUAUGAUCGUGGCCUCGUACUUGAUCCGACUUCCUCCGUUCGUGCAGUCCUACAUCAUGCUGCAAGGCGGCACCUUUGACCACCCAGACAGGCUCUUUUUUUCCAUCGAAGGGGCUUGGACUUCUGCAUCCAAAGACAAUGGGUCAGAUGUCCGUGAGCUGAUACCCGAGUUUUUCUGCCUCCCGGAAUUCCUGACCAAUAUCAAUGGCUACAACUUUGGCGUCCGCCAAGGGGAUGCUGGGAAGGUCGACAAUGUCAUUCUGCCUCCAUGGGCCAAAGGCGACCCGAAGAUAUUCAUCGCGAAACACCGCGAGGCCCUCGAGAGCCCAUAUGUCAGCCAGAGGCUGCAUCAGUGGAUUGACCUGGUGUUUGGCUACAAACAACGAGGCGAUGCAGCGGUAGAGAGCUUGAACGUUUUCCAUCAUUUGUCUUACAAGGGUGCAAAGGAUCUUGACAACAUCACCGAUCCCCAGGAGCGAGCGAUCGCGACCAGCAUCAUCUACAACUUUGGCCAGACACCCCACCAGAUAUUCACAAGACAGCAUCCGUCUCGAGAACACGACCGGUCUGUUACCAGGCGGCUCGACACCUCCAUCUCGACCCUGACAAAGCUUCCUCACCCGCUUCUUGGCAUCCAUGACCGUGUGGCUUCGCUUAUCUACACACCAAAACUAGACCGUCUUCUAUGCGCAACGCCAUUCCGGCUUAAUCUGCCGCCGCAAUACGACAAGUUCCUAGAGUGGGGCUAUGCAGACAACAGCGUACGGUUCUUCUUCACGGAUAAUAGAAAGGCUGCCGGUCUCUUUGAAAACCUACACAUUGGGCAGAUUUCUACCCUAACUUUUGCCGACUCCAAGACCCUGAUUACUGCGGGCGAAGACUGUGUCGUCUCUGUGUACACGGUUCAUUCGGCGCCAGGAAAGCCGGUGGAGCUGGUUCCGCGCUCCUCUCUCUUUGGCCACAAGACACCGGUGACCAACAUCGCAGUGUCCAAGGCUUUCAGCACGAUUGUCACGGUCUCGCAGGAUGGUGUCACUUUUCUCUGGGACCUGAACAGGCUCGAAUUCAUUCGCAAGCUUCCGCUUGCGCGCACCGUCGAGUGCGCCCGCAUCCAUGAUGUGACGGGCGACAUCAUGCUGUGCAGCGGGCCCAAUGUCAUACUGUACACUCUCAACGGCGACCUCAUUCUCGACCAGAACGUCUGCGCGGCGGAGGGCCCAGACGACUUUGUCCACUCGUGUGCCUUUUACGAGGGCUCGGGCACCGAGUGGCUCGAGAACUUCAUCGUCUUCACGGGCCACAAGCGCGGCUGCGUCAAUGUCUGGCGCAAGACGGUCGGCAUGAGCGGCGGCUGGAUCCUCGAGUUCAUGCGCCGCCUCGAUCAUGGCAACCCCAAGAGCGAGACGGGCGCUAACUUCGACGCCGGAAUCACGUGCAUCACGCCGUUGCCACAGCUAGUCUACACUGGCGAUGAAGAUGGCCGGGUAUUUGAGUGGAAUCUUGUCCAGAGGGAGAGAUAG